CGGUUUCACACCAGUCGAGCAGUUGCUGGACCCUACGGCCCGGAAGGAACAUGGAGGACGACCCGGGCGAGAUGGAGGCCAUUGCCCUCCAGUCGCAGAUCACGGAGCUCAACCGGCUCCUUUUUACGACGUCCGACGAGCACAAGCGCCGGGCGCUCGAACAGCAAAUCGCCGUGCUCGAAGAUGACCAGAUCACGCUGCGCAAGGCGAUCCAGGACGAGCGAGAAACCCGCGCCGCCGCGCGCUUUACGACUGUCCGACCCGCGAGUGCGCGGCCACGGCGCACGACGCUCAAGCCCGUCCAAGAGGACAAUGAAGUGCCGGCGUCGCAGCUCACGGCUGAGCUCGCGCGGCGCCACUUUAUCAACGUCAUCCACCUCAAGACGGAGCUCGUGCGCGACGUCGUGACGCCGUCGCACAACGCCAAGUACCCGCCAACCGCCAUCUUGGAGGGCAGCACCAAGAGUUUCUGGAUGAGCUCGGGCAUGUACCCGCAGCUGCUGCAGCUCACGAUGCGCGAGACCGUGUACAUUGCGAGCAUUGAAGUCACGAGCGCGUUUGUCAAAGAGAUGUGCGUGCACUGCACCCACAGUCGGUCCGUGGUCAACCCGGACCCGAUCACGGUGACGCUGCCGCCGCCCGCCGACUACCACGGCGAGGUCGAGCGCGUGUCGCACAAAUUCAAGUUUGAGGGCGACGCGAUCGAAGCCAUUGACAUUCGAAUACUCAGCGGCUACGAAGCCUUUUGCUUUGUGCACGUUGUCAAAGUCAAGAUCGACGACAACGUCGAGCGAAAAAACAGCUCGUAGCACCCAACGGUAUAGUAGAGUAGUAGAUACGCCCAUGUCGUCAUAUAGAUCUAACACAAAUUCGACGAGCUAUGGUCCUCAA